AUGGAGGGGAAAAUGGCAAUGGCUCGCACUCUACCGCCGCUCGCGGGGAGAGGAGGGCCUAUAGGGCCUAUGUCCCCUCGGAUGGGCCCCAAAUUUGAUGGAUUAACAGGUCCAAGUUAUAGAUUGGACAACAAAACAUAUCCUCUGCCAAACCCAAAAGCAUUAAAGCCCUAUGCCGAUACUACAGCUGGUGCAGUGGAUACGUGGCCGGCUCAUGCUAGUGGACAUAAUGUACCACGUACAACACUGGUGCUGACAAAGAACAAAAAUCUUGUCUUAUAUGAUGAAGAUUUGAUGGGAAAGCCACAAAUUAUACCAAAACCACGCUUCCUGGAACAGCUGGAAGGUUACCUAAAAACAGAACUUAAAGCUCUAGGAGUAACACAAGUUGUACCGAAUGACCUACGACUACAGGCCCACAGAGAAGUAUUUGAGUAUCUCAUAGAAGAUUUCAAGACCUACAAACCCCUGCUCUCCUCCAUUAAAAAUGAGUAUGAGAUGAUGCUGUCUUUUCAACGACAGCAAAUCCGAGAACUCGACCCUCUCAAACAAAUGUUGGUGACAGUUUCUGAGCAGUGUGACCAGAAGAUUAUGGCCAUCAGAGAGGAGGAAAAACAAGAGAUACGCGAUUUGAAGAUGGAGAGAAAACGGCUUACAGAAGUGAUCCAACAGAUGAACAACGAGCAGAAAGACUUAUUAACCCAGGUGUCUAAGUUACAGGAAGAUCUCGCCGCAGAGUAUCAUCGGUACCGUGACGAGUGUGACGCACGUAAACAGCUGGUGUCUGACAUCAACGACCUGCGCUAUCAACAGGACGACUACAUGAUGUCGAAACAAUCUGCCUCAGACGAGGCGCAGGAUGAUCCGAUGACACUGAAAAUUGCUCUGAAGAAAGCCAGAGAGGACGAAAAAGCUGCUACAGAGCGUCUCAACAACAUGGUGGCUAAUUACGGAGACGUCAUACCCAGGAGGGACUUUGAACUCCUAGAGGCUAAAUACAAUAAACUCCAGGAAUUGUAUACCACAGCCCAGGACGAUUUCCUCAAACUACAGAAGGAACACGAUGCCUUGUUGGAUGUCCACAAGACCGUGACCAAACAGAGAGAUGAGUACUACAUGGAGUGUGAGACACUCAAACGCAGCUCCACCCCCAGACCUGAUUGGGACAAGUGUGCUGACCACGUCCAGGGAGGGAUGACCAGGUGGCAGGAGUUGUCCAAGGGCAAGAGGAGCAACGAGUUGGUAGACGUCCUCAUCGCCGAGAUUGCAGCUGGAGGAGCGGGAGAUUUGGGAGGAGCUGAAUACUUUGAUGGACAGGGCACUGGUCCAACUGUCCCUAAAUACCUCCAAGUCGAAGGCCCUGUCCGCAACAGACGACUCGGCAAGCGAGACUGCUCCAUGCUCAUUAGAGACAUCUGGAGGGAAAAAGUAGCACAUGAUGCGGAGAGAACAGAUGGCCAGAGAGAUGCUAUGAGUGACUUUUUGGACCUGUACCUCCAGCGUCGCUUCGCUAUGCCGCAGAUGAAGGUGGAAUGGGGUUACAACUUACAGGAUGCCUGCGAGAGAUACGCACACGAUGAACUUAUCGGCCUUUUCUGGGGAGUCCUCACUUAUAACAUUGAUGAAGAGAUAUACCACGACCAGAUGAACAAAAUUGAGGAGCUGUUGAACCAUCUGACGAAUGCCGACAUGGAGAAGGGCAACCAGGAGAAGAUCAGUAAGGAUGAGCUACGUCAGGGCAUACGCGCAACCUUCCCUGGCAUGGAGGACGAAACACUCAUGGUGGCCAUGAAGGCAGCGGAUGUCGAACUUGACUCAAAGGAAGAGAAUAUUGAAUAUAAGGAACUCUUUAAAGAGGAUGAUGAGGGAAGGACUGGGCCAUUCCUGGAGGAACUCAUGAAGUUCAUCAAACAAGAACGACUCAAUUAUGUUGAGGAUAUUAAACAACAGCUGGCGGGAAUCAACAAUGUGACUGUUGAUGAUCUGAAGCGAGCACUAAGUCUGGCCGACCCUGAAAUAGACAAUGCUCUUAUGGACAAAUAUCUAGCAUGGGCCUUUGAUACAACUGCAGAAAAAUUUAACGAAGUUGAACCACUUGAACAAUCUAAACUUGUGGAAAGAUUACGAAAUGGCUGUCUUCACAGAGCUGGUAAAAAAAUGUGAUUUCUGUUCGGAUGAUAUGACUGUGUUCAGAUGCUGACAUGGAACCAUCAACCUUGGCUCAAGUUUAUCUCUGCACAUGGUUAAAGAAAUUUCUGUGAAAGAAAAAGUGCUGUGUAUGUAAAAUUCAAAGAAAAUAAUUUUAAGAUAAUUUCACAAUUUUUACAAAGAAAAUUAUUUUGAUCUUAAUAUAAAGUGAUAUCUUUAUUUGAUUACUGACAGAGAAAUAGAUUCGAAACAUACACAAAUACCUAUAUAUAAUUAAUUUUGAUUCAUUGUACUCACAAUCCCAUUUGUAGACAGUAAAUAGUCAAAAGUAUACCACAUAAUCUAAAAAUCUU